AUGUCCGAGAAGCGCGAUAUCGAUGCCUCAGAGAUAUUCAUCGACGAUGGCAAGCAAGAGGUCACCGCCUUGGAUCUCUUGACCGACCACGAGCGCGAGCUUCUCGAGCUCGAGGCUCGUCUCAACGCCGAGCUCGAUGCCAAGUUGAUGGCCAACCCCAACAAGUUGCCCAAGGCUAUUUACUUCAUCUUGCCCAACGAGUUUGGUGAGCGCUUCUGCUACUAUGGUGUCCAGCCCAACUUGAACAAAUACUUCCAGCUCGUCUCUGGAAUGGACAAGACCCAAGCCAAGGUUUACUCGACUGCUUUCACCAUGUUGGCUUACUUCUUCCCCUUGAUCGGUGCUGCCUUGUCUGAUUCCUUCCUUGGCAAAUGGUGGACCAUUAUCUCAUUCUCAGCCGUCUACUUGAUCGGUAUGAUCAUGGUCACCGUCUUUGCCAUCCCCGGUGUCAUCCCCAAGUCCAACUUCUUGACCUUCCUCCCCAUGCUCGUCAUCGCCCUCGGUACCGGUGGUAUCAAGCCUUGUGUCUCCGCCCAUGGUGGAGACCAGUACCUCCCCGCCCAAGAGCAAGCCAAGGAUUUCUUCUUCAACACCUUCUACGUCGCCAUUAACGUCGGUGGUCUCCUCACCCAGUUCACUGUCCCCCUCAUUGCCGACUCUCCUUGCUAUGGAGAAAAGACCUGUUACUCUGGUGCCUUCCUCCUUCCCACCAUUGUCUUUGCUAUUGCCUAUGCUGUCUUUGCAGCUGGUCACAAGUUCUAUCGUAUCGUGCCUCCACUGGGCGAGUUCCUGCCUCUCAAGGCCCUCAAGGCUACCAUCCUUGCUGCCGGUCGCCACUUCAAGGCCAGCCCUCAGGAGCGUGCUGCUAAGGGUCACUGGCUCAACUUUGCCGAGGAGGAGUAUGGUGGUGUCUUCGUUGAGGAAGUCCGUGAUUUCGGUCUUGUCCUCGUCCCCGUUGUUAUCCCCUUCGCCUUCUGCUUGAUGUUGUACAACCAGAACUCGAAUGAGUGGUCCAACCAGUACUACCUCAUGUCCGGCGCUCUUUUCGGAGGCAACGACCCCACAAAAACCUAUGUUCAGAUGACCUCUUUCUCCAACAUCAACACAAUCCUCCUCAUCAUCCUCGUCCCUAUUCUGGGUUACGUCGUCUACCCCUUCUGCUACCGCCGCGGCUGGAACUUUGGCCCCCAACGCCGUAUGGCUCUUGGGUUCUUCCUCGUCGUCCUCUCCUUCGCCGUCUCUGCCGGUCUCGCCCCUAUGAUCGAAAAGGCCUACCUCUCCUCUGGCCGCGCCAUCGAAGACUCUGCAACAUACGACGGCAAAUACUGUGCAGAGUGCUACUCGGCCUGGUUGCAGUUCCCUCAAUGGUUCGUCCUUUCCCUCGGUGAGGCCCUCUUCUCCCCCACCGGUGUCCAGUUCACAUACAUCGAAGCCGGUCGUCAAUUCCGUGCUGUCUCGACAUCCUUCUGGCUGUUGGCCUCGUCGCUGGGUUCGAUCUUGAUCAUGAUCUUUGAGCCCGUCUUUGAGGACGCUGGCUUUUCGUCAUCCACGAAGGGAUGGGCUUAUUCGGGUAUUGGUCUCUUCGGAUUCGUAUUGUACUGCGUUGCUUCGUUCUACUACACGCCUCGUAAGAUCCGUCCUUCGAUCAACGAGCCUGCUCGUUUGGCCAAGGAGGCCGAGAUGGCCUUGACCCGGCAAUAA